AUAACUUCAGGUCCGGCCCACUAAAAUGAAGAAGAGGUGACCAGACUUUCUUUCUCUCUCUCGGACUUCAGAGACGAUGGAGACUGGAUACGACCAAGUUCUUCGCUCCGUUUCUCAGGUGAACAUCGCCGACCAGACCGAAGAUUCCGGCGACGUAGUCAGUGAUAGAGACGGUGUAAAAGUCUCGUGCUUCACUGAAGUUUUCGAUGAUGUCACUAUCCAGUUCCAGAUCAUCCGUCUCGCGAAACAGAUUUAUGUAUGGCUCGGUUGUAACUCCGCCAAAUUCGGGAAUUUGUACGCCGCCGCUUCAACACGACCGAGCAAUACAGUGAGUGUUACUUCAGUACUUGGUGGUUCAUCUGAUAACACUGGAUCUGGCAUUGCGCGUAGAUUAGUGUUGAAGACUGGUCUCAAUAUAAUACUGGCUUGCAACAUCCCUAAGAACAAUCCCUUGCUCGAGGCUAAAGCUGAGAAAUUGUUGAUCAGAAAGCUGAUUGAUCUUGGUUACACAAUGCCAAAACCUGUAAGAGCAACAUAGCCAGUUUAGAUGUUUCUUGAGUUUGUUUCUCCUCUUUGUGUCCUACCAUUUAUCUGCCGAAAAUUGUGAAUCAUUCUAACAUAUUCUAACAUUUCUAAGAUCGAGUGGCAUGAAUGAGUGUUCUUAACAUAAUAAGAUUAUAUCUUCUCCAUACUCAGAGAGUUGCUUCCUU